AUGGAAAUGGACGAGGAUGACGACAUUUACGUGCCCGAGGAGCCCCAAGUAGACUCUCACCAGGCUCAGGCUCAACCACCUGCUGAGACGAGAGCUGCGGAAGAGCUUGAGGAAGGCGAAGAGGAGGACGAGGGUGGUGCAAUGGACGAAGAUGAUGAUGACUCUGAUAUCGACAUCAUUACAGAACGAAAAGACGGCACAACAGCUGCACCUCCGACACAAGCAAAAUACAGCGACAUUCGAAACAUCCCACAGAGGUCAGGGACAAAUGAUAGCCCAAGCAAGCCUGCGCCUGCAGCACCAGCAAAGGUGGAAGCGCAAACUCCAUCGUCGACUGCUCUCCAUGUGGCCGCUCCUAGCGCAGAUCAGGCAUCGGCGGCGGCCUCGAAAUCGACCGUCGAUAUCAAUGCCAAUCCCAUAUAUGCCCCAGUAGGCAAGCCGAUAACACAAGUCAACAUCGACGAAGACUUACCAGAGAAUGAAAAGCCCUGGCGUAAGCCCGGGACGGACAUCAGCGAUUACUUCAACUACGGCUUUGAUGAGUUUACGUGGGCGCUCUAUGCAGCCAAACAAGAGAAUGUUCGUGGCGAAUUUGGGGCCGAUGCUUUUGCGGUCAACAACAAAAAGAUGAUGGAAGACUUUAACAAUAUGAUGAUGAUGGGCGGCAUGGGCAUGAGCGGUAAUAACAACGCCGGAGCACCUGCGAUGCCCGCUGCGGACGGUAUGCCUCCCGAGAUGCAGCAAAUGAUGCAGCAAAUGAUGGCAUCAGGGAUGGAUCCAUCGCAGAUGGACAUGAGCCAGAUGAGCGCCAUGUUUUCGGGCAUGCAGAAUGGUGGCGGCGCUGCUGGCGGCGCGGCGCAAGGCGGCGCUGGACAAAACUUUUCUGGUGGCUACGGCGGCAAUCAAGGUGCAUACGGAGGCUAUAUGCAAGGUGCUGGACGUGGACGUCGGGGGAGAUGGUAG